CUCCGCUCAUCUGUGUGUCAUGCUGUAUUAUUCUCAUGGAGAACUGGAACAACCAAUCUCUCUCCAGUUUUAUGCCAAAUCUGUACUACAAUCUUCAAAGCGAUGUUAAAAGGUUUGGAUAACGGGGCACGCGCGUUAAAUCGAAUCUCUGAUCUAUACUGCGCUGUUUUUUUUAUGUAGGCUAGUUUCUAUUUAUUAAUUCAGUUUGCGAAGUUUUUGUUUGGACCUUUCCAUCUUUGAGGACCAUAACACGAAGGAAGCGGAAAUUAACAGUCUGCUUGCUUUUUCCAGAGCUACUCCGGAGUCGGGAAAAUGAACUGAAACAGUGAGCUGUUUAAUAUGAUUUUACUGUUGUUAAAAUAGUUUUAUUUAGAUCUUUUAUCUUCAAUGCGUAAGUGGGAUCGGAGAGGGAAGACUCUGCACCUCUGUGACUUGGGUUGACAGCACCCGAACAAGGAAGAUCUGUCACUCCACGGACAGCAGGGACAAGGACAGAAAUUAGGAGAUUGAAUCAGAUCAGUUAAGGGUGUUAUUCUGCCUGUAGAAACACUUCCUUCUGGAGCUUUAUAUCUGUCUCACGUCCUCACAGUCCAUGCCAUGGAGGCAAUAGCUAAAUACGAUUUCAAAGCUACUGCGGAUGAUGAAUUAAGUUUCAAGCGAGGAGAGAUUCUAAAGGUUUUAAAUGAGGAAUGUGACCAGAACUGGUACAAGGCAGAACUCAAUGGAAAAGAAGGAUUCAUCCCUAAAAAUUACAUAGAAAUGAAGCCACAUCCCUGGUUUUAUGGGAAGAUUCCCCGUGCAAAAGCAGAAGAAAUGUUAAAUAAACAGAGACACGAUGGAGCUUUUCUCAUUAGGGAGAGUGAGAGUGCACCUGGAGACUUCUCACUGUCUGUCAAAUUUGGGAAUGAUGUCCAGCAUUUCAAAGUCUUACGGGAUGGAGCAGGAAAAUACUUCUUGUGGGUGGUCAAAUUUAACUCGUUAAACUCUUUAGUAGAUUAUCAUCGGUCCACUUCUGUGUCCAGGAAUCAGCCCAUUUUCCUCAGGGACAUUGAACAGGUACCACAGCAUUCCACAUAUGUUCAAGCUUUGUUUGACUUCGACCCUCAAGAGGAUGGAGAGCUGGGUUUCAGGCGUGGAGAUUUCAUCCAGGUCUUGGAUAACUCUGAUCCUAAUUGGUGGAAGGGGGCUUGUCACGGACAGACCGGAAUGUUCCCUCGUAAUUAUGUCACACCUGUCAAUCAAAACAUGUAACUUUAAGAGAAAAUGUUUGCCUGUUUAAAGCACUUGUGGACUUCCAGCUGGGUUGCCACGGAAACGGAAACCACAGAGUGGAGAGAAAAGGCUCAAUUGGUGAUGUGGAUGUCGAUUGGCUGAAAAAAAUAGAGACUGUGCUGUUUGAAGUGUUUGACAUUUUAUGAAGCACUAUUGGCUGUGUGAGAAGAAUGUUCCAGACUGAUAUUUCAUUCAUGUACUGUGUAUCACACAUCAGCUAUGUUUUAUAUGCAACUUUAUUUCAUGUUAUAUGACAUCUGCUGUACUAAAAAAAAGUCUUAUGCCACAAAGAAGAGGUUGAUAUCACUCAGCACGCCAUUGCGUUACAGUUUUGCACCAGGAUUCAUUUUAAAGCACCACAUUAUCUUUGAUUUGUAUUGUUAAAAUGCAUCAUGAAAUUUUCAUGCUCUUUUUUUUUUUUUUUUGUAUUUUGUCUUGUUUCCAUAAGUGGUGUUGCUGUGUUAUUUGGUGUAAGAUGAUCAAGCAUAAACUCAUUUCAUGCCAUAGUAAAAUUACAUGUUUAAAAUUACAUAACGUCUUUUUCUCUUAAAGGGACAGUUCCCCAAAAAAAUGAAAAUUCUGUCAUUAUUUACCGACCCUCUUGUCAUUGCAAAUGUGACAUAUCAUUUGUGUUCCACAGUAGAAAAUUAGGUCACAUAGGUUUGGAACAAUAUCAAAGUGAUGCCAGAAUUCCUAUUUUUUGGGUGAACUCUCCCUUUAAAUCAAAAUAGCUUGAAAAUAAUGUAAUGGUGCCAAAGCAUCUGUAGCAGAUCAGAUCAAUGAUCAAAUGUUAAAAAAAAAAAAAAAAAAAAAGAAAAAGUGGAGCAUUUCAUGAAUCCCUUUAAAAUGCCACUGGAUGUGAUUCCAUUUGGGAUCUUCAUAGAGUAUGUUGGAUACUCUGAAUUAUUCCUGUAUAAAUUACAUAGAAUAAAGAUAUUUCCAGUGAAA